CGCGCCGCCGCGCGCUCCCACCCGCGCAGGGUGACGUGGAGGGCCCGAGGCGGCGGCGGCGGCUGCGGCCGCCCGCGUCCGAGGCUCGCGGGCUGCGGGCCCGGGUGAGUGCGCACCUGGCGCGUGGCAGGGCUCCUGGAUGUGUCACCUUGUCGCGCUGCAUCCGAGAUGACCGGGGAGAGGGGCCCUCCACAACCCCUCCGUGGGUGUGUGAAUCAGCUUGUCACGUGACAUGAAAAACUUUGGGAAUGAAUUGGAAUUGAUUGAAUCAGUUUGGGGAGAAUUGAAAUCUUUAAGAUUUUGAACCUUCCUGUUUGAGAACGUGGUGGUGCACCAUGGGCGAUCUCGCCCUGGGGGAGUGCACCGUGGCAGAGGGCGCCUGGCGAGAAGAUUGCCCUUCCGGGGACGAUUGUGCCUUUGCUCCUGAAUUUGUGUCCAAUGAUUAUGUUCGUCUGACUCAACUUUACUGUGGUGGGGUGGGUAGACAAUAUAAAGAUUAUGCCAAAAGCGAGAGAAACUUAGAAUUAGACAUCUGCAAUAUGUGGUGUAGUAAGCCAACUUCUGUCCUGCAAGAUUACUGUGACACCAUUAAAAUACACAUCUUCUGGCCACUUCUGUUUCAACAUCAACACAGCUCCGUCAUAUCACGGUUGUACCCCUGUGUGGAGACGGCCAAUUUUCGGGCCUCUGAGAUAAGUUUGAAGCAAUUACAACAUCUUGAGUUGAUGGAAGAUAUCGUGGACUUGGGGAGGAAAGUCGUGAAUGACUCAUUCUUCAUUGGCGGCUUACUGAGGAUUGGUUAUAAAAUAGAAAACAAAAUGUUGGCCAUGGAAGAAGCUUUGAAUUGGGUGAAAUACACAGGCGAUGUAGCAAUUCUACAUAAAUUAGGAGCAGUUGACAAUUGUUGGCCUAUGUUAAGUAUUUUCUUUACUGAAUACAAGUAUCACAUAACUAAAGUUGUGACAGAAAACUGCAAUAUUCUUGAAGAAUUUAAAAGACAAAAUUGUGCAGAAUGUUUAGAGCAAGGAGAAAUAAUGAAAAUAAAAGGAAAUGAAGAGUUUUCCAAAGAAAGAUUUGAUGUAGCUAUUAUCUAUUACAGCAGAGCCAUUGAAUAUAGUCCUGAAAAUCACCUUUUUUACGGUAACCGAGCUCUUUGUUUUCUUCGCACUAGACAGUUCAGAAAUGCUCUUGGUGAUGGAAAGAGAGCCACUAUUCUAAAGAACAACUGGACAAAGGGUCAUUAUCGUUAUUGUGCUGCUCUUUCUAUGCUGGGGGAGUAUGACUGGGCCCUGCAAGCAAACCUUAAAGCUCAAAAACUCUGUAGAAAUGACCCUGAGGGAAUCAAGGAUCUAAUUCAGCAGCACGUAAAGUUACAAAAACAGAUAGAAGACCUGCAAGGCGGAACAUCAUCUAGGAAUCCAAUUAAAGCCUAUUAUGAAAGCAGGGCCCACACGCCUAGCUUAUCAGCACCUGCUUUUAGUACUUCACUUAACUUCGUGGAGACUGAAAAAGAUUCCAGAAAAACCAACCACGAGAUGGCAAGCGGCGGUGACGAAAAUGCAAAGGAGGUGGAUGAAGCCUCGAACGGCGAUGACUGUGACUGUCCUCCUGAGUAUGUGCCUUCGUCAGGUCAGUCUUCGAGACAUAAAGGAAAACAAAAAUCCCGAAACAAUGAAUCGGAGUUCAGUUCACAAGGGAAUUUACCAGCAGAUUUGAAAACCUUUUUGGAGAAAGAGUUUUCUAAAUCUUCCAGAGCUGCGCACCAGGAUUUUGCUAACAUAAUGAAAAUGCUGAGGAGCUUGAUUCAGGACGGCUACACCGCUCUGCUGGAGCAGCGGUGCCGGAGCGCUGCCCAGGCCUUCUCGGAGCUGCUCAACAACCUGGACCCUCAGAAGAUAAAGCAAUUGAACCUGGCCAUGAUUAACUAUGUCUUGGUGGUCUACGGAUUUGCGAUUUCCCUCCUGGGAAUAGGACAGCCUCAGGAAUUAUCUGAAGCUGAGAGCCAGUUUAAGAGGAUGAUUGAGCACUACCCCAAUGAGGGCCUUGAUUGCCUGGCCUACUGUGGAAUUGGAAAAGUGUACCUGAAAAAGAACAGGUUUCUAGAAGCUCUUAAUCACUUUGAGAAGGCAAAAACCUUGAUUUAUCGACUUCCUGGAGUGUUAACUUGGCCUACCAGCAAUGUGGUUAUUGAAGAGACUCAGCCAGGGAAAAUAAAGGCGAUGCUAGAUAAGUUCAUUGAAGAAUGCAGGUUCCCUCCAGUGCCAGAUGCCAUUUGUUGCUAUCAGAAUUGCCAUGGAUCCUCCAAAAUCCAGAUAUACAUAACAGAUCCAGACUUUAAGGGUUUUAUACGAAUCAGCUGUUGCCAGUACUGCAAAAUAGAAUUUCACAUAAACUGUUGGAAGAAGUUAAAAACAACAACCUUUAAUGAUAAAAUUGACAAGGAUUUUCUGCAAGGAAUUUGUCUUACCCCUGACUGUGAAGGUAUCAUUUCUAAGAUUAUCAUCUUCAGCAGUGGUGGUGAAGUUAAAUGUGAAUUUGAACACAAGGUCGUAAAAGAAAAAGUUCCUCCAAGACCUAUUCUGAAACAGAAAUGUUCUAGCCUAGAGAAGCUAAAACUGAAAGAAGACAAAAAAGUGAAGAGAAAGAUCCAAAAACAGGAAGCAAAAAAAUUAGCACAAGAAAGAAUGGAAGAGGACUUAAGGGAAAGUAAUCCACCCAAAACUGAAGAGCAGAAAGAAAAUGCAGCGCGGGUGCAGCACUGCCCGCUCCUGGACGACCGGAUUCUGCAGUGCAUCAAGCUGUCUGCCGACAAGAUCCAGGCCGGAGUGCCGAACCCGUCCAAGCUGCUCAAGGAGCUGCUCUCAUGGAAGGUGCUGAGCACCGAAGACUACACGACCUGCUUUUCCAGCAGGAAUUUUCUAAAUGAAGCAGUGGACUAUGUCAUUCGUCACUUGAUUCAAGAAAAGAACAGAGUCAAGACAAGGAUAUUCCUGCAUAUUUUGAGCGAGCUUGAAGAAAUGGAGCCAAAAUUAGCCACCUGGAUCCAGAAACUUAAUAGCUUCGGCUUAGAUGCCGCAGGAUCUUUUCUUUCUCGUUACGGAGAUUCUCUUAAGGAGCUUGAUUUUAGCAUCAUGACUUUUCUCUGGAAUGAGAAAUAUGGCCACAAACUACACUCGAUAGAAGGGAAGCAGCUUGACUAUUUCUGUGACCCAACGUCGCUGAAGGACGCCCGGUUUCUGAUAUGGCUGCUGGAGGAUCACAGGGACAAGUUCCCAGCAUUGCACAGUGCUCUGGAUGAAUUCUUCGAUAUCAUGGACAGCCGCUGCACUGUGCUAAGGAAACAAGACAGCGGUGAUGUGCCGAUUAAUCCUACCAAGGUGAAAAACAAAGGCAAGAAAAAGAAACCAAAAGAUUCAAAGCCUAUGUUAGUUGGUUCUGGAACAACUACAGUGACACCUAGUAAUGAGACUGCCACUUCAGGCGAAGACCAUAACAAAAGCUCUUCAAGUUCCGCAGGCCCGUUUGUAGUGCCUGAGCAUCUUCGGCAAGAUGUGGAAGAAUUCGAAGCCCUCUAUGAACAGCACAACAGUGAAUUUGUUGUCCACGACAAGCAGCUUUGGGACAUGAACCCAAAACAAAAAUGUUCAACUCUGUACGAUUAUUUCUCCCAGUUUUUGGAGGAACAUGGUCCUUUGGAUAUGAGUUGCAGGAUGUUCUCUGAAAAAUACGAAUUCUUCCCAGAAGAAACCCGAAAGAUACUAGAAAGCGCCGGAGGUUUGAAGUCUUUCCUCCUGCAAUGUCCCCGUUUCGUUGUGAUUGACAACUGCAUUGCCUUGAAGAAGUAUGCAUCGCGGCUCAAGAAGAAGAGAAAGAAAAAGAACAUGAAGGCAAAAGUAGAAGAAAUGUCAAAAACAGGAGAGUUUUUUCGGAUUAAACUGCCUCUGAAUCCAACAGCUAGAGAAUUUAGACCAGAUAUAAAAUCCACACCAGUGUCCAAUUUGUCUUCAGCGCCAGCUUCUGAGGAUGUACAGCCCGAACCUGGGCCUGCUGAUUCUCCCAAACCAGCCGGUGAUGCCGAGGAACCAGAACCAGCAUCUGAGGAUGCCUGCAGAUCAGCUCCUGAGGAUGAGAAGCCCAAAGAGGUCCUUCCCGAGUCUCCCAAACCAGUCUCUGAGGAUGUGGGUCACCCACGCGCGCCCCCUCAGUCUCCCAAACUAGCUCCUGAGGGUGUGAAGGCAACCUACUGGGCUCCAGCACAUCUGGUCACAGGAUACUGCACGUUCCUCCCCUUCAGGGGGUUUGACAUCACGCAGACACCGCCAGCAUACAUAAGCGUGUUGCCAGCUCUGCCCCAGUACACCAGCAUCUACACACCUCUGGCCGCCAUUCCUUCUGAAUACCAGCUGCAAAGAUCGGUGCCAAUGCUGCCAUCCUUUGUGGCCAGCGACCGGCCAGAGAAGGGUGCUGUUGUGUAUUUUGAGGGUCCUCGUGUGAAUGCUGAGCAUGCCCCUGGUAACGAGGUUGCGCCUGAAACGCAGAGCCUGUACGACUCUCUGGAGACACCAGGAACGUCACAGUGCCCCACGGAUGGUGCUGACCCAGGCUGCAGUGAGCCCAGCACAGAUGAUCGUCAUGGCGGCGAUUCUGCCCCCAGCAAGGCAGACCCAGAGGAGGGCAGCGAGGUGACGGACAACGCGCAUUCACGAGUGGUUGCCGUACAGGUGUCUGGGAAUGGAACACACCAGGAAGCCAAUACUGAGCCGUACGAUCCUUUUGAGGAACAGCAGGGGGAUAUUUCCCAGAUUGAAAGGGAGUACCACGCUUUACAAGAGCUGCUUAAGGAGGCAUGUGAAAACUAUGAGCAGAGAAAACUCCAGGGCUCCGAAGAGGCCAGGGACCUGGAAGAAAAGUUGAAAAGGAACAUAGAAGAAAACAAGAUCUCAAAGACAGAAUUAGAUUGGUUCAUCGAAGAUUUGGAAAAGGAAAUUAAAAAAUGGCAACAGGAGAAAAGAGAAAUGCAAGAAAGACUCAAAAUACUGAAGAAGAAAAUGAAAAGGAUUUCACAUGCCAUUGAAGUGUACGCCGAGAAAAGUGACAGGAGGGAUAAGGAACCGGAAUUCCUUCUGGAUCAGUCCUUUGAAAUCAGUGAUGCAAUUGCAAAUGAGAAAAUGAAAAUGGAAGAGAACAUAAAGAAAGGGAAGGAGCAUUAUGAAGAGGUUCUUCAAAGAGCUGUGGCUGCAGAGGUGUCCGUGCUUGAAAACGGGAAGGAGGCAGAAGUGUUCAAGCUGCGGGCUGUGGAGGCGCAGGCAGAAGGGCACCUGAAGAACCUGCGGCAGCCGGGCAGUGACUCUGCAGAGCAUCCUGAGCUGGAGUCUGAAGUGCGUGAGUGGGAGUCAUUUCUUUCCAAUGUGAGAAAAGAAGUUGAGAGAGCAGAGUCCCAGUUUGAGGAACACAUUAAGGCGGUUAAAAGUGGCUCUCGGCUCAGCGACCUCCCCAGGGUGCAGAUUUCUGAGCUUCCGUUUCCUGCCUGUCGCACAGUGCGCCCUGAGUCACUUCCGGAGGCUCCUGGGACUGAGGACCCUGCAAGUCACGGGCCCGGAGGCCAAAAGGCAGUUCCCAAGGAUGCAGGUCUGGUCUCCGCCAGCAACCGCCCAGCAGGGGCUCCCUCUGCACCACAGCCAACGUCGCCCUCCGGGCAGCCGAACGCCACCCCGCUGCCGGCGGGCACAGGCGCCGUCCGGGCGGCCCAGUCAACCCAGAGGCAUGCCGCGGGUCCGAAGCUGCCAGCUCCCGCCGCCCGUGCCGCGCGGCCCAGCCAGUCUCCCAAAAAGCCGUUCAACACUCUCAUCGGGCACCUGUCGGUGGUGUUCCCCUGCUACAGCAGCACCGAGCUGGCUGGUUUAAUUAAAAAAGUGCGAAGCAAAAGCAAGAACUCGCUCGCAGGACUGAGUGUUGAUGAAAUUGUCCAGAGAGUGACGAGACACGUUCUGGAUGAACAGGAAAACCAAAAGCCGAGUGCAGGGCAGGACGGGAGGUGGCGUGAGCCCCGCCCCGUGGCUGUGACGGCUGUGCCUCCACCCAGAACCGAGGGGCAGAGGAUGGAAGACGUGCCCGCAUCGAGCGCACAUCGCUGUGAAAUGUGCCACGGGGUGAUCAAAGCCAGAAACAUGCGUGAGCUGAGGUGUGGGCACAAGUUGCACAAAGGGUGCUUCCAGAAGGGUCUGAAAGGCCAGGGCACCUGCCCAGCCUGCCGCAAACGGGACCUCUUGUCGGAAGAGCGGCCUGCACCUUCUGGAAAAGGCCGCCUGCUGUCUUAGAGGGUCACGGCCCCAGAGGGUAAUUGGCCGAUUGCUGAAUUGGAAGGAAAACAUUACACAGCCUUCAGUGUCAAAGGCAAGCAUCUGAAGACUCUGCACUGUGUCGCAGUGCUAAUAAAUGGAAAUCUUCACGUAGCUGAUAGGAACUGCCACACUGGUUCAACACUUUGGUAACAGCCAGGUGCUACUGGAAUUGGUGUGACCGCCUCCCCGCGCGGGGCCUCCGCUGAGCCCAAGACGGCAGGCUCCUGCCGGGAAGCAUAGGGGCGCCUCUGUACCGGAGUCCUUGACCUGAAAGGGCCCAGGUUGAAAUUUUUCAAGAGUCAAUAUUCCUGAAAAUAUGCCAACAUUCUUCCUCAAAGUUUCUGCAUUUAAAUAAUGGGCUUAAGCCAACCACAUUUUAAUCAUUCGUAUUUGAUGUUAAAAUAUUGGCUGAAUUCGACCAAGAUUCAAAUCCCUUCAUGUGACACAUUGUGUGAUUUUGAUUGUUCGUUUUAUUUCCUGAAAGUAGAUUUGUAAAGUGCUUAUUUGUCGUCUUAUAGAGAUAGAAUCUGAUUUUUGAAAAUUGAUUACAGACCACUUUCUUGUAUCAAGACUAUCUACUCCUGAAAUCAAGGCUCCAUAUUCAUAUCCCAACCUCACAUUUGAAACCUGUUUUGCACUCCCUCACCGUUCUCCUGAGUGGCGCUUGUGCUGCUUCAUGAUUAGACGAUGGUGUUUGGGCACCAGUAGCUCGCAGCAGGCACCACGGGGAAUGGUCACCAUCAGUCCCCUCCCUCCUCCCACCACGAGAAAUAGACUCUCGUGUGAUAGACAAUCCCACGGUGUCCCUGUCACAUGCGUUCCAUGUAUGAUGUUCGUGUGAAGUAACGCAUGCACUCUUGUACUGUGGCCUUCUAACGAUAGUAGAACCUUUAAAAAAUCAUUCUCUUUAGUGACUUAUACACAGUGGCAAAUGCAGAAACACGAAUUCUCGACGCAUUCCAUUCCUCUCAGACAGGAAGGAUCAGUAAAUGUUCUUCAGUGUUCUUUGUGCCCCUGGACGCUCCCAGUCCCAAGUUUAGGAGCCGAUCUGGCUGCCCUCCUCUGCCUUGUUCCCGUGAGUUUUGGUGUCCUGGUGACCUAGUCCAUAGACGCUUAUCCCUGCUUUGCCGCCGAUUCUCCACGCGGGUCCGUGAAGCAGCAUCUGCACGUUCCCAGUGACUGAGGACUGUAGACGUCAGGAUGCGCGGGGACCAGCUCACAGCAGCACGUACAGGGGAAGCAGAGCAGCUGGGACGUGAGGGAACGUGUUUUGUACAUAACUUCAGGCUUGUGAACCUGCCUUACACAUGUCCUGUGCGUAUCAAAAUAAAGAGUAUUUUUAA